CAGAAACGGACGUCGCUUUACGUGACGUCGCAUUUCUCUGAAAACACACUCGUGCUUUUCGCGUGCUUUUCUGCGUGAAAAGUUCUCAAGGGCAGAAUGGCCGCCGUGCGUGCAGCAAAGCAAGCUUUGAGGAAAGAAAUAAAGCGACGGGUUACGGCGUUGAGUGACGAGGAGAAACAACGACAGUCUCUCGUGCUUUCCCGGCAGCUGUUCAGACACCCCAAGUACGUGUCCUGUAAGAGGAUCGCAGUGUUUCUCAGCAUGGGCGAUGAGGUGCGGACUGAGGAAAUCAUCAAAGACGUGUUUAAAUGUGGUAAAAGCUGCUUCAUUCCCAGAUACGAGAGCAGCAGCAGCAGCAGCAGCAGCAGCCAUAUGGACAUGUUGAAGCUCAACAGUCUGCAGGACAUGGAGACGCUGCCUCUGACGUCAUGGAACAUCCGACAGCCUGCUGAAGAUGACAACAGCAGAGAGGAAGCACUUUCUGCAGGAGGUCUGGACCUGAUCUUGAUGCCAGGCCUGGGUUUUGACGAGUCGGGGAAGCGUCUGGGACGAGGGAAGGGCUUCUAUGACACCUACUUGGAGCGCUGCGUCAGACACCCCAAAGGAAAGCCCUACACCAUCGCCUUGGCCUUCAAGGAGCAGCUGUGUCAGGAAAUCCCUGUCGACGACAAUGAUGUGCUCAUAGAUGAAGUCCUGUAUGAGAAGGACGAGUAGCUAAUCAAUCGUCAGCGGUGGUCCAUGAACUCAGUUUUGGGGUUCUAUGUCUAGGCUACAUGCCAAAGUGAGCCAACGGUUUAACCUGGCCUUUCAGUGAAACACUAAUAAUAGACUCUCACUGCAGACAUUUUGACUUGUUAUAGCAGGAAAUAUCAUCUGUCAUGGCGUUAUACAGGUUAAGCGACUAAUUCAAAGGGUGUAUUGAUAUUUGUGUUGAAGGUGCUGAAACCUGGUUUUGUGCCAUAUGUGGUGCUGAUGUUGCCAUAAAGAGCUACUAGGUUUUGCUAAUCACUAACUACUUAAAAUGAAGAAGUACUUUACAACGUUAAUGGACAAUCAAAUGAAAAGAAGUGCAAAUAAAGCUGUAUUGGGAAAUGCAAAAAAAAGAAAAGCAUGAGAGUAGUUCCAAAUUGCAUAUGUACUGCAGCUGCCAUUACAAAGUAUGUACUGUUAAAUGCAGUAUGCAUACAAUUGGGACGUACUACUUUUUCAUUACAUUGUGCUUGAACUUUAAACAUCCUGGUAU